CUGUGUUGCAGGUUAAGGCACGAUGAAAGACAUUAUCCCCAGAAGCAAAACUAAAGGUGUCGACAUCUGUGCAGGGAAAACCUACACGUAUAUAAUCCGCUCUGAUCUCGGCUGUUACAUGCAAACGAGUGAUUUAAACAAAUGUUCAGACCUCACUAUUUUCAGUUUGCACCCCUCCUGCCAAAACGGAGACCAUUAUCUUGCUGAUAUGGAAGGCUACUUUUACAUCAUUAAGGCUAAAUCGUUCCGCAGAGUCACUGAUCUGUCAACGGAUGCUAACGCUGUUGUUCAAGACCUUGAUCCCGACUUCCAACAUGGAGACCACUACUUAGGCAUUAAUAAGUUCUUUGCUGUCAUUUUCAAACGUAGGGGAAUUUGCAGACUAACAUCUGGCCUGGGUAGCAUCUCCACUGAUGUAAAAAUCAAUUUGAACCCUAAAUCCAGCAUCGGACUCUAUUACUGGGGUCUGUCAGAAUGCUGCUGCUUCCUGAAGCCAGUCUCAGAUUGGGGAGUCGAAUACUGCAAAGGCGCCGACCUUGAGAAAGACGAUGGUCUUGUGGACUAUUCUGUUCACCCUGAUGUUGUAAACUUCCUGCCUGGCGGUCUGUCGAUAACUAGAGGUCCAGCCUUUGGCAGGUGGGAGAAUAUUAAAACUAUAACUAACGACAGUGACACACCAGUGACAUGGCAGAGAAAAAUCAUUAAGAAGAUCGGUUACAACAAGGAGAAGAUGACACAGAUGACACACAACUGGAAGAUAUCUCCGUCAGUCUUGAUCUAUUCUGGAGAUCUCACAGGGUUAAUUGCAAAAUGGCAGUUCUCCUUUUCUGCAGAAUAUGGAGGUGCACAGGUGUGCGCUACGAAGGAAACCUGGAAUGACGCGACCGAUGUAGAAGAACUGCUAUCAUUUGAGCUGAAGCCACACAGGAGUUUAUAUCUGUGGCAGUACAGACUGGGUCUCGGUGAUGAACCGGUGUUGUUCUGCCGUGAUUUAAUAAUUAGCAACGAGUCGAACCCUCCAACUGAAGUCCCACUGCCACCUGCAGAACCAUGAGAAACCAUUUCAUCUCUGAAGAUAAUCACAUGCUUUAGUUAAAGGUUUUUAACAUGCUUUUUUAAAGAUCAUUAUUUUGUGU